CCUCACUUUUUUAGAAACUUCAUGCCUUGAUCGAUUUUUUCACCCAGGUGCGUAAGCGGGAACUCAAUGUAAGGCGUAUGCCAGGCGUCUUACCUUGCCGUGAUUUACGCAAAGUCACUUAGCAGUGCGGCAUUAGUUUUGAUUUUGUUUAAUCAAAGUGCUUUUGCUCAUUUUCUUAGUCGUACAAUGUGCAUACCCACGCAAACAUAGCGGCCUGGCGCGAGCAGACGACAGCAAAAGUGCGGCGCAGAUGGGGUAGCUGGUAGCGCCAUAAGGCUCGUAGUGGCAGAAAUAUGAGCUAGAACAGGCGCGCUGGCGUUCUGCUCGCUGGUCAGGUCGGUAGUACAGUAGGUCGCGGUGCUGGCUGGAGCCCACACCAUCUCGUGCACGCGUUCGAAUCUUCCGAGUCACAAGACGUGGAGCGCAGCGCUCAGCCAUCGGGGACACCGGCCGGACGCCUGUCACAUGUCUGCAAACGAGAUGGAAAUUCAAAUCCUGAGUGAUGACGGUGGCGUAAAAAAAAAGAUAACUAAACCAGGGUCAGGGCCCGUUGUCCCUCAACAUGCCACUGUGACAUUCCAUUACAACGCCUACGUGCAAGCAAGCUGGACCGAGCGGAUCGACUCGACAUGGAUGCGGAACACUCCCCACAGCUGCACCCUGGAAGAACUAGGGAUUCUCGGCUUGAAGAUAAUUAUCCACAGUAUGCGACGUGGCGAAGAAUGCCAGGCCACGAUCGCGCCUAAGUAUGGAUUCGGAGCGCAGGGCUGCCGCCCUCGCAUCCCACCAAACGCCACACUCUUUUACGAGCUGGCCUUAAUAGACUUCUUCGAGAUGGAGGACGACGGCGGCGUGAACGGAUUGGACAUCGACUCCACACAACUACCUUUCGACACUCUCCUUAGGAUCUGUUUUCGGAAAUAUCGCAACGGCAACCGCUUCUACGUGGCCAACAGCUACACGGCUGCAGAACGCUCCUACGCGGCGGCCGCCAAGUUCCUCGAGUCGGCGCCGGAUCCAGCCGAUGUUAAGUACAGCAAUAAAAGGCGUGAGCUGCUUCUGAACCUGUAUUCAAACCAAGCACAGUGCGCCUUGCGCAUGCACAAUCCCAAGCUGGCCGUCAUGACCUCCCGGCGCGCUCUGCUGCUGGACCCCACUAACGCGAAGGCACUGCACCGGUGCGCUGUGGGACUGCGCAUGCUCGGCCAGUACGAGGAGGCAGCUCGCUUGCAGCGACGCGCCCUCGCUCUGAAGCCGCAGUCCGUGCGCAUCGAGAAAGAGCUCGUGUUGCUCGAGGGUGGCCUUGCCAAACUGGAGCGAGACUACGAAGAUCCAGACGGGACUUGGGAGGCGCUGGAUUUGAACAAGGCGUCUCAGCGCUUGUCCAUCGAACAGGCCGUGGAACCGGCCACCAGGAGCCUGAUUCGCCGGGCCUUGGAAGCACUGACUAUGGCAAAGCCGGGCACGGAAAUCUCUUUCGUGAAUAUCUUCAGCCAAGACGAUCUCACUUACAUCCACAUGAUCUGUUACGACCUAAGGCUUCCGUGUUACGACGUCCAGGGUGGCCUCCUAGCGCGCCGCCCUUCAUUGUGAGCUCGCUCCACCUUUGCACAGCCACAAGUGUCGGCUCCGCCAGCAAAACAUGGCAGCCGUGGUUCUUCUAAAUAAAUUCAAGCAGCCAA